GUUGUUGGCGCCGCGGCGCAGGCCCAAGCGCAAGCCCAGGCCCAGGCCCAGGCCCAGGCGCCGCGUCGCGCGCCCGUGGGCGGGCGCACGGCGGGCGGCAAGCGCGCGCGCACCGCCUACACCUCGGGGCAGCUGGUGGAGCUGGAGAAGGAGUUCCUCUACAACCGCUACCUCUGCCGCCCCAGGCGCAUCGAGAUGGCCGCGCAGCUCGCGCUCUCCGAACGACAGAUCAAAAUCUGGUUCCAAAACCGGCGCAUGAAGCACAAGAAGGAGAACCGCGCCAAAGCCGCCGCGGGCGUGAGCGUGGGGGCGGACGCCGCGGGCGGGGCCGCCCCGCAGGCCGCCGCCCACUUGCAGGACGCGUCGCCCCCGCCGCCCGCGCCGCCCGCGGCCGCCCAGCACCUUGGCGACGGGCGCGACGGCCGGCCGGCGCCUACGCGCGCGCCAUCUUCAACAACAACGCCGAGGAGUUCUCGCCGUCCCUCCGAGGAGUACGCGGCGAGGCGGCCCCGCCGCUGCCUCCAGUGCGACUGCACUCGCCCCCGCCCCCGCCCGCCCACGCAGCCGCCCGCGCCGCACUACCCGCCCGUCGACGACCCAGGCAACACCCCGCCCUACUACGACCCGCAGACAGGCUACUCCUUCGCCUGCGCACCCUACCAGGCGCACCACACCUACCAGAUGAGCACGCCGUACAGUUACCAAGACACAGUGAUAGGCCACCCCAGUCACUAUCACGACGUAACUUCCGGUGGGUCCUAUUCGAUUGUUCCGAAGACAGAAGAUCUGGAUUUCAUCCCUCCGCUCUCCCUCAACCCUGCAUCCCCUCAGUCCCAGCACAGCAGCAGCUAA